AUGCCUUCCCUUACUAGCAUCCUCGCCCUCGGUGCGCUCACUACCCUCGCCGCGGCCGACAACAUUUACACAUACACCAAGCCUGGCUGCACUGGUCCUGCCUUCUUCUUCAAAGACAUCGACCAUAACGUCUGCGCCGUGUCUAUCACCGGCAAUGCUACCUCCACGGCCGAUGCGAUUGCAAAGGGUCUGACGACCGUUGCAUCCGGCAAGCUUGAAGUCCAAGAGACGGGCAAGAAGCACUUCCUAGCUUGGGACGAAGGCCCAGCCUCGAACGCAGAUGGUCCCCUCCAAUGCGGCACUAUCUCAAAGAACAUUGCUGUCAAGGAGCGCGAGACCUGCAUCUCCGGUUCUAUCCAUGGAUUCUCUUGGACUGAGCCUGGUGCAGAUGGCAAUGACUCGAACGACUUUGAUAUGGAUGAUGAUGAUGCGGAUGAUGUUGACGACAAGGUCAAGCGUCAAGCCAACGACGACCCCAUCUGGACAUGCACUGGUUCCACCGACCCUGAUGCUGUACACAUUGGCGGCAAGUACUACAAUGUUGAUGAUAUUCCAGCAGCAGAUAAAGAGGCGUUGAUGGAGUGCGCGUGGAAUGAUGUCACUCCGGGUGCGGAGUUUGACAAGUACAUCUUUACACCUGACUUCUAG